AUGCGCAGCAGCCACCAGGGGAGGGAUGACGGAGGUCUGGUGGCCGUGGCCCUGAGGCGGGCUCGCAGGGGGGUUGACCCCAAUAAGGAGCGGCGAGAGGCUGUGAAACGGAAGAUAACGCAGUAUCUGAAGCGUGCAGAGGAGAUCUUCAACUGCCACCUCCAGCGAACUUUGGGGAACGGCAGCCCCACAGCCACGGGUUACAGCAGCCUUCGCUUCCGGCCAAUCAGGACGCUAAGCUCGGCAGUGGAGAACCUAAGACGGUGUAAGGUUGUGGGAGUGAUUGAUAAGGUGCAGAUAGUCCAGGAUUCAGCCACUGGUGGGACCUUUAUACUUAAGAGCCUCCCUAAAUCCCAUGUUGAGACUCGUGAGCGGCAGACCAUCAUUCCUCAUGGAGUCCCCUUCAUGGUCAAGCUGCUGUGCUACUAUGUGAGUGAGGACUCCAUCUUCCUCCACCUGGAGCAUGUGCAGGGGGAGACGCUAUGGUCUCAUCUCCGCUCCAAGUAUUGUGUCCGGCAGGGCUCCUCUGAUGGCUCUGGUUCCCUGCAUUCAAAGCACAUUGGAACCUUGAGGGACCAUGGCAGAGAGGAGGCAGUGGGAAGCUUCCGUGGGAGCAGUCGAGACCGCAUCUUCUCUACUCGGACAGGCAGUGGCCUCCUGUUGGGAACCAACCGCUGCCUGUUGGGAAACACUGACUGCCCUCCCCCUUGGGAGGGAUCCCCUGACAGCACAGACCCCAGACCCGAGAGUCAUUGCCAGCUUCUCCUGGCUCCUGUCAGCAGCACAAAGGCUGCAGCUGGAGGGCAGGGUUUAAGUGUGGUGCAGGCUCUGCCUGGCAUCAUGGACCGUGUUCCAGCAGCAUCAACCAAAGGCCCCUGCCACCUCAACAACCAGGGCCUGGUCCUGCAACCCUGGGACUCUCUAACCAGCAGUGAGGGUGCAGGCAGUGCAUCGGAGAGAACAGCCUCCCAGCAGGAUCCCAGGCCGCUUGCUGGUGAAAGGCUUCCUCAGAUGCCUGCCCAUAUGCCAAAGACUGUGAGAGGGGACCAUCCAGGAAAGGGAGAGCCUCAGUCUCGUCAGGUGUCUGAGGCCACCUGGGCUCAGCCCUUCCUGGCCUCCUCAGGACACAGGCAGCUUUGUGCAGGAAUCACCCUGUACAGUUCUGGCAGGCCCUGUGGGCCUGACCGUGGGAUGCAGGAGCCCUUGUGGGCAACAGGUGUGACCAGUGGUCCAUUCAGAGAGCAGCCACUAUCAGGAUUGUGCAGGUCUCUGGCUCCCUGUGGGCAUAACCAGAGAGCCUGGGCUGUGAAGGAGGAGCAGGUCCAGCUGUGGGCAGCAGAAAUCCUCUUGGCCUUAGAGGGACUUCACCAACAGGGUGUAUUGUGCCGGGACCUCAACCCCAGGAACCUGCUGCUUGAUACAGCUGGUCAUGUCCGUCUUACCUUCUUUGGCCAGUGGACAGAGGUGGAGCCACAGUGCUGCAGCCAAGCUCUGGAGGAGCUCUACAGCGCCCCCGAAGUGGGGGGCAUUUCUGAGCUAACUGAAGCUGCUGACUGCUGGAGCUUUGGGUCUCUGUUGUAUGAGCUGCUGACAGGAGUGCCACUGUCCCAAAACCACCCUUCAGGGAUUCAACCUCACACCCAGCUGCACCUGCCAGAAGGACUCAGCCUGGCAGCUGCAUCACUGCUCACUGAGCUCCUGCAGUAUAACCCUACGCGGCGUUUGGGCUCGGGAGGAGGUGGAAUUGCAAAGCUGAAGUCCCACUCCUUCUUCAGCACCAUCCAGUGGAACAAGCUGGUGGGCUAGGCAGGCUGG